CGGCUCGCGGCGCCGACCGUUGCUUUCAAAAUGGCACCGCGGCGCGAGAGUAACGGGAGCUGCCUUUGUAGGAGAACAAAGAGCAAGUCGGCAGUUUUUUAGGCUAAAGACUCGUUGUGGUCAAAGGUGACAGAUGCUGUGCUGGAAGCUGACAGCAAUGAGAGCUGAAAUCCUGCAGUGAAGGAAGAGAUCCCAGUCAGAAGAGUGGAAGCUUUGCAGAGUGACUGAGCCCAAAGCCUAAAUGGCAUCUGAGAAAGAGAAUGUAAGCAAUGGGAGAGAGCAGGGGUCGCACCUCGAUGCAGGGGAUGCUGAGAGCCAUCAGGGCACAGAAUGCCCCUCUGAUACUCCAAAAAGGGCUGUGGUUGGUGAAGCUGCCCGGCCACUGAGCAGCAAGGAGAAUGUUUCAGGUAGACCCGUGCCUCUGGGAGAUGAGUGCUACUCAACGCCUGCAAGAGUCAAAGCAGAAGAAAAAUUGUACUGUGGAUUAUCGGAGAAACAGAGGAGGAUAAGUGUUGAUUUUGCAACUGUAACAACUGCUGAUUUUGGGAUUACUCCAGAAAGCUUUGUUAAUGGAUCUACAGCUAAGUCUCCAGCUGCACUAAAGCUGAGACGAAGAUCAGCCAUUGGAGCCCGAGGGUCUCCAGAAAACAAUACCCUCAUUCAAUAUCUUGCCCAGCAGAAAAGCAACAGGCAAAAAGAAGAUUUUGCACAGGCGAGUCCUUGUCAGUUUGCCAGGUCACUGAGGAGCAAAAUGGAUAUCUUCCAAAGAACUUUUAAGUCAGUUCAAGAGGCUGAAGGGAAGACGGGUUUCUCUGGACUCUCGCAAGUAUCUGCUGCGCUUCGGGAAGAUGGCUGCUAUUUCAGUCCUGACCGUAUCAGUAAAGAAAUCAGAAGUAAUGUCAUAUCAGAUCAGAGCAGGAAAAAGGUUAAUUUUGCAGAAGAACUGGCUGUGGGGAUAUAUGAUGGAAGCGAGCCGCCUGUCACGCCGCUCCAAACGAGGGCUGCUUCGUUAACGGAAUCCGCAGCAAGCGGCUCCCAGCUGCGGUCUGUGCUGAAGAAAACACCAGUGAAGCAACUGAUGGACUGCGUGAAGGAAUGUUCAAACAAUGCUGCUCACAGAGGAGGAGGUGAAUCCUUUACACUCUCUGAUCACAUCUGUGAGGCACUGCAAACAGUGGAGAGAACUGAACAGUGCAGCCCCAGAAGGGCGAAGAAGAAAAAAGUGACUUUUGGAGAAGAUCUCAGCCCAGAAAUAUUUGAUAAAACUUUGCCUGCAAAUACUCCAUUGCGCAAAGGAUCGACGCCGGUCUGCCGCUCGGGGUCAGCACGUGGCAGCCCUUGCACGAGGGCAGGGCUCACAGAGGAGCCAUUAACUCAGCCAAACUUCGAUUGCAGUGAUGAAUGUAUUGAGCCUCAGGAGGUACAGGAGGGCUCUGUUGUUUCAGAAAAGCUCUUACCUGUUGAAAAUACAAAAGAAGCAGAAACUGACAAAUCAGACAUGAAAACGACUCGCUCCUCUACUAAAAGGAAGUACAGCGCCAUUUCUGAGGGCACUGACUGCAGCAUCUCAAGAACAACCAGCACUAAGAAUGCUAAAGACGUUAAAAAUCCAAGGAAGAAUGAACUGCAAAGACCAAAGAGUGUGACUGCCUCUGCUGCCAAAAAGAAGCAAAAAACAAAACGUGCAACCUUUGGGAAAAGAAGAAAGAGAAAAGUAAAGAAAUCUUUAUAUGGGGAAAGAGAAAUGGCUUCAAAGAAACCUCUUCUGAGUCCUAUCCUUGAGAUUCCAGAAGUUUUCUCUUCUUCCUCAUCUCCAAAUUCACCAAAGACAAUUGCACAUUUUCCAGAUCUUUCCACACCCAGGGAUGUUCAUAAUGAUGUUCAACAGGAGCAAGUGACUGAAAGACUGGGAGAGAAAAUCAUCCCUGUUGUUCACGUGUAUCCAAGCUCUGAGGAACUGGGUGCUGUGGAAGAAGGCAGCCCCAGCAAUACAGUGUUUCAGUUUCCAAAUGUGCCAGACACAAAUGAUGUUCUCAAUACACAUUUCCAGCAAGCUGAAGAGACUGCAUGUUUAAAAGGGAAAACAGAAAGUGAUUUCUCGAUAGAACAUGAGAAAUUACAGGGAGAUUUCCCAAAGAAGGAAGAGUGGCUGUCAGAGCUAGAAUUUCCAAACCAAGAGGACACUGAUGUACAUGAGACUCUCCAAAGAACUGAGUGUCCACCUAAAAGGUCUUCAAGAGGUAGACCACCAAAAAGAAGAAGUAGCAGUACUGUGAAUAUUCCUCCUGCUGAAAAGUCUCAUUUUGAAAUGGCUGGAGAGGACCUUCAGUUUUCUUUUGACGUUGAAGAAGUUUUAUCUGCUCCACAGCUAAAAAGUAACUCUUUAAAAAAGCCCUUGAGAAGAAAGUCAAGUAUGAGCAGUGAAACAAGUCGGGUGAGACGCAGCAUGAGACUACAGAAAGAUGCAGAAAUUGAAGGACUUGCAUGGAUUGAAGUAACCAAUGAGAUUCUGCAGAACCCUUCUCUGCUAGCUCCUGCCUGUAAAACCAGGAGAAGAAUAAGCACAUCUGUCCUAACAGAAUCUGAGAAUAUUCAGCAUCGAGAAGAAAAUCUCAUCCAGUUUGCAGCAUCAGGGAAGGAGAACAGUGAAUCUGUUCAUGUUGCUGGUGGUCCUUGCAGGAGGAGGAAAAGCAUUUGUGUAUCCACACCUCAAGAAACAAGAACUUGGUCUCAAACCAGGAAAAGGAGCACAACAAAUUCUGUAUAUAGGAGAGACAGCAGUAGCCAAGAAUACUCUGAAGAAAUGAACAUACCUCUUCAAAAUAGCAUUACCACGUAGUGAGGUUUCAGCUGCCUCUCAUUUUCUUAAGUGAAGACAUCAUCAGCUUUUCCUGAGACAAGAAGUCCUAAAGCAACUUGAAAGAAACUUCACUGAUUAAAUGCUGUUCAUCUUGUACUUCUACAGAAACGUUACUGAAGUUGUCAAAACAGACUCCCUGAUGUUUUAUCUCGGGCUUUGUAUUUGUGUCACAGUGCAAUUUUUAGGCUUGGAAUAGAGGUGGCCGCAGUUACUUGGGUUGCUUUGCUGUGAUAGCAGGAUUUUGGCGUACCAGGAGAGGGCACUCUGACAUGAGUUUUGUGGUCAUAGCUGAAUUAUUUUGAAAAUGUAAUGUAUAAAGUCUUUGAACAGAUGCUGUGUGACAUCAGAACUAAGUAAUAAUAACUGCUACCAUUUAACGUUCAGAAAAAUCAAAAUAACAAACUAAGCACUGAAAUUAGUCAAUACCAGAGAAGUGAAACACUUAGGCACUGUAUUCAGAUAUGACUUUACAUGUGGAAAUCAUAUAGCACUUUAAAAUACAGCAUUGCUCUCUAGAGUUGCAGCAGAAAUUUUAAGGUCUACCUGUUAAAUCACGCAGCAAGGCAAACCUUUUGAGGCUGUGGAUGUCAGAUUAAAGAUCUGCCUUAAACAGGUCAAGCAUUGAGAUAUCCUGGAGGGAGAGGCAGUAAAUUAGCAUGGAUGAUACUAGAGGGCUUAAUCUGCCUAGAACACACUUCUUGUGGUGCUGCUGUCCUAUGCAUCACUCACAGCAGCAGUGGAAGAAUAUUCUCCCCUGAGGUUCCUUGGGUGGAUGUGUUAAGUGCACUUCAGAUGUGAAGUGUAAAUAAAAUCAGAAGUAGAAGAGCCAGGGUAAGGAGAAAAACAAAGCUGGGAUUUGCCUCCUGGCACAACAUGGUCAAUAAAGAGUUGGAUGCCACGUACUCAAUGGCAGUUUGCCUCACAUGAAGGUGAGGUUGGAACCUGCAGAAAAUAAGAGGUUACAGUAACUGGGUUUAAUAUGGAGAGGACUUGAGAGGAGGCAAGUCUUCAGUUAUGCAGAAGCAUGGUGGAGGUUAAUGGUUGGUUCUUUGUCACUACCAAAUGGUACAAAAAAUGUUUUUAAAUUAGGAAAAAAAAAUAAAAAAUCUGGUUAAGCAGCAAGAGGAAGCUCCAGCACCAGAGAUAGCAGAUUGCCUUGGGAAGCUGUGGAAUCUUUUUAUCACUGGAGGCUUUUACGAACAGUUUAAACAAAUAUCUGUCUGAAAUGACAUACGAUACUUCCUUGGGGUAAGGAUGGGGCCUGGACAGGCUCUCAAGGUCCCUUCUGGCUGUGUUUGCUGAUUGCUAGAGAUUAGGGUUACAAAGUGAAUUGAGACUGGCUAAUAUGAAGGUCCGAGCCAGAAUUUGUCAUGGAAUAGGGAGUAGAUUUGCUGACUUUGAGGGCUGUGUAGCAAGGGAACUAACUGGGGAAUCAGGGAAGAGCCCUUCAAGUAAGGUAAUGAGAUGGUCCUCUAGUAUUUUAAACAUUCAGCUCUCAUGUGAUUUGCUCUUCUGAGGCAAACCAUCUCUACAGACCCCAACAAUUGUGGAACCUAUGAUUUGAUGGCUGUGCUGUAACACAGAAGUGUGGACCACAGAGCGAACAGUGCUGUUCUGAGCUAAUAGAAUUCUGACUAUUAGUCUUUGAAGGACCAACAAUUUCGCAGUCCUUAUCCAGCGAGCAGAAGUACUUUCCAGGGCUGGUCUCUUGCCUUUAUUUCUGAGUAAGGAUAUAGCAAUUUAAUUGUAGGCAUAUUGUGUGCAAGAGGUUUUAAGUGUGUAGUUCUAGUUUUCAGCUACUGCAGCACUAUAAAGAAAUCUAUGGUGUUGGACAGUCUCUUUCAGCUCCUGUUUGUUCUCUGUGUUUUUCCAAAGGAAGAGAGGGUUAUUAUAAAAGGCCAUUUUGUAUUUUAAAGUAUUCACCAACCUUACAUUUUGCAUUGCAUAGACAUGAAAUGGCUUCAAGUAGCUCUGAGUAGACACUGCCAGGGAACUGUAUUCAGCUGAUUGCCAUGAAUCGAUCAUGGUCUGAUUAACAGAACAAGUGGUGAGUCCUAGAAAGGCUAAUUAUCUUGCCAGUCCAAUGUAAUUAUGAUGUCACUAAUAAGUAAAAGUAAUCAUAUUGCUUUUGUUUACUCUGUCCUAUGAAACACAGUCUUCAUGUGUUCGUAGAUAGCUGACUAUGCAGGAGCUAGCAAGAAGUACAUCACACUUGGGAUGGUCUUUUCUUAAAUUUGCAUUGUUAGUGAGUCAAGAAUGCAAAGAACAGUAAUACACAUGUUUUCAUAGAGUCAUUUGAGUUAAAAAGGACUCUUAAAGGUCAUUGAGUCCAACUCCCCUGCAGUGCACAGGGGCACCUGCAGCUCCAUCAGUGCUCAGAGCCCAUCC